UGAAAUGAAGAAACUAGUUGCCAUCUCUUGCUUGUCAUGGCUGUUCUUGGUUUCUUGUAGCGCUGUUGCAGGCCAAGAUGUGCCAUUCAAAGCAGCAAAUUUAGGUGGUUGGCUGGUAGCUGAGGGAUGGAUGACUCCAGACCUCUUUAAUGGCAUUCCCAAUAAAGACCUCCUGGAUGGAACACAAGUGCAACUGAAGUCGACAAUGCUCAACAAGUAUCUGACAGCAGAGAACGGUGGUGGAUCAAAUUUAGUUGCUAACCGCGAUAGUGCCUCUGGCUGGGAAACUUUCUGGUUAUGGAGGAUUAAUGAGAAUACCUUCAACCUCAGGGUGUUCAAUAAGCAGUUUGUGGGACUGGACAAUCAAGGUCAGGGAAAGAAUAUAAAUGCAAUAUCUACUACACCUGGAAAUGCUGAAACGUUUCAGAUUGUAAGGAAACAAGAUGAUCCAUCCAGAAUACGCCUUAGAGCCUCGAACGGGCUCUUGGUUCAGGCUCCCAGUGGAUCCUCAGUGGUGGCAGAUUAUGGAGACACUUCAGAUUGGGGGGAUCAAAAUCCAUCUGUUUUCCAAUUGAAUAUUGUCAACACAUUAAGGGGCGAAUACCAACUUACAAACGGAUAUGGGCGGGAUAAAGCUCCUCAAGUGUUGAAGGAUCACUGGAAUAAUUACAUUGUGGAGGACGAUUUCAAGUUUAUGUCCGAUAAUGGUCUGAAUGCUGUUAGAAUUCCAGUUGGGUGGUGGAUCCAGUAUGAUCAGACACCACCAGCACCAUUUGUUGGAGGUUCCUUACAAGCGUUAGACAAUGCUUUCUCAUGGGCACAGAAGUACAAUAUGAAGGUGAUAGUGGACCUCCAUGCGGUUCCAGGAUCACAAAAUGGGAAUGAGCAUAGUGGAACUAGAGAUGGAUUUGCAGAAUGGGGAGAUUCUUAUGUACAGAGAACUGUGGAUGUCAUAGACUUCCUUGCGAAAAGGUAUGCUAAUCGUCCAAGUCUUGGAGCGAUAGAGUUAAUGAACGAACCUAAUGCAGCAAUUGUCCAAUUUUCUGCUUUAAGCGACUACUACAAGAAAGGUUAUGACGCUGUAAGGAAGUAUACUUCCACGGCUUAUGUCAUAUUGUCAGCUAGAUUGGGAGAUGCUUCCGACAAGGAGUUCCUUUCUCUUGCUGGUGGCCUUGAUCGCUCUGUCAUAGACGUUCAUUACUAUAACCUCUUUUCAGACCAGUUCAACAACAUGGAUGAACAACAGAAUAUUGAUUAUAUUCGCAAUGAUAGGGCUGCACAACUGCAGGAAGUGACUCAAAGCAAUGGUCGUCCUUUAAGCUUUGUUGGGGAAUGGACAGCAGCAAUGGCAAAAGACAAUCAAGACAUGGAAGCCUACAGGAGAUAUGCACAAGCUCAGCUGGAUGUUUAUGGAAAAGCUACAUUUGGGUGGGCUUACUGGUCAUACAAGUGCGAACCCUGUGGGAUGUGGAGCCUUCGACGGAUGAUUCUAGGAGGCCUUUUUAAACUGUAAAUCUGUCGAUGAUGAUCCCUUGGUUCUAAUCCACCCGAGCUCCCAGAGCCUAAUGUAGUAUUUGCCCAUAUUUGUGUGCGCUUUAAACUUUGUCAAAGCUGAAGGCCCAAUAACAAUUUAUACAAAUUCACUUCGCUAAAUGA